AUGGUACCACAACCUAUUCGUAAUCCUGUUUCUCAACAAGCCAUACCUAGAUUGCCAAUGGUUCAGCAACCAAUUGCUUCUACAACUAUAGAAAGUUACCAAACUUCAUCCAUACCAGUUAUGUCAACUAGUAGAAAUUUGAUUACUGUACCCAUACAAGAAGAACAAUAUAGACACCCUGGUGCAUUCCCUGCUCCUAUUGGUGCAGUUCCUGGUGGAUUUCCAGGACAAGUGAAUCCUCUUGCCCCAAUGCAGCAAUUCAAUUCAUCAGCGCAAGUGUCGUCAUCUCAGUAUCCCCCACAAAUCAGUAUGGCUGGUGCUCAUUUUACGACUGCAGGGGUACCUCAUCCACAUCAUGUACCACCACCUCAAAUAAUGAGUGGACAAAAUCAACCAAGAUUUUCUAGUCCACAUCAACCUUUUGAUGAUAAACAUCCCCCACAGUUCAAUCAGCCUGGUGGAAGUCCUAGGUUGCCUUGGAACUCGGGGUCAAGACCGCCCGGACCAGUUCCCCCUACUCAAAGACCUCAUGGUGAAAAUUCAUCUUAUAAUCAAUAUUAUUGA